GGAUCCCUUUUUCCUCCCUACGUGUCGCCCUCUCAUUUGCCGGAGCCCCGCCGUAUCGCAAUUCGCCACUUCUAUAUAAUCCCACCCACUCAACAUUCAAACAAAUCACACACUAAUCACUACUCAUCCCAAAAUCUUAGCUUUUUCAGCCCCAAAUCAUUCUUCGUUGCUCCAGAUUUCCCCAUUUGAUUGUUUUCGGAUAAAAAAAAAGAUGUUUCUGGAAGCAAUUUCUGCUGUUUCUCUGCCUUCUGCUAGCCUCGGACCACUGUCGAAUGCUGCUGCUGCGACAACCUUUUCUUCUCCGAAUUUGAGCUUCCGCGGUCUUGUUUCGGCGAAGAAGAGUGAAAAUGGAUUCGUGGCCAGCGCAUCUUCGAACGACACGGUGACUAUGCCGCUGGCUGGGGUGGUGUUUCAUCCAUUCGAGGAAGUUAAGAGAGAUGAGCUCGUCGUCCCAAUCGCUCCUGAUGUCUCCAUUGCAAGACAGAAAUUCUCUCAAGACUGUGAAUCUGCUAUCAAUGAGCAGAUCAAUGUGGAGUACUGCGUCUCCUACGUUUACCACGCCCUCUAUGCUUACUUCGACAGAGAUAAUGUCGCGCUAAAGGGCCUUGCUAAAUUUUUCAAGGAGGCGAGCGAAGAAGAGAGAGAGCAUGCUGAGAAACUAAUGGAAUAUCAGAACAAGCGAGGAGGGAGAGUGAAGCUCUUCUCGUUGCAGAUGCCACCUACGGAGUUUGAUCAUGUUGAGAAGGGCGAUGCAUUACAUGCCAUGGAGCUAGCGUUGUCGCUGGAGAAGCUGACAAAUGAGAAGCUUUUGAAGCUUCACAGUGUUGCUGAUGCCAGCAAUGAUCCCCAGCUAGCAGAUUUUGUUGAGAGUGAGUUCUUGGGAGAGCAGGUUGAGGCCAUCAAGAAAAUCUCAGAAUACAUCUCACAGCUGAGGAGGGUGGGAAAGGGACACGGUGUUUGGCACUUUGAUCAGAUGCUCCUUGAAGGAGAAGGUGCGGCGUAAGAGUGAGAUUCUGGUGUCGUUUCGUGCUAGAUUAGGCUAUAAGGAUAUGUCGUUUUGGUAUCAGAUUAGAAUGGAGCUCUAUGGUUAUUUAUAUUUGCUCUUUAAAAAAAUAUGUAAGAGUCUCUGAAGCAGCAGAAGCAGUUCUAGUUUAAGGCUUAACUGGUUGUGUUAUGAUAUGGUUUUCAAUAAAAGUGAUGCUAGUUUGUAUGUUUUGUUUCAAUAAAAGUGAUGGUAUGCCAGUAAUUCGAA